UUCAACAGUCGUAUUGUUGCGUCAUUGCCAUGGUAACGGUAUACCACUUCACUGCUGUUUUCAGUUUUUUUUAAUUGUUUUUAGAUCGACUUUGCAUGCUUUUUCCACCCUACAUAGAACCCAGGACAUUGUGUUAAUGGAGCAUAUCGGAAGCUGUUACAAUGGGGCAACAAAAUUUGGCAGGAUGGAAGGUGAAGGAGAGUACACCUUCCCUACAAAUACAAGAUAUGUGGGAGAGAUGAAAGAUGGAAUGUUCCAUGGCAAAGGAGUGCUGUACUUUCCAAAUGGAAGUAAAUAUGAGAGCACCUGGGAAAACGGCAUAGCCAAACAGGGGACAUUUACCUUUGCAGACGGACUGCAGUACCAGGAGAAGGACUGGAGCUACUGCGAUGGUUAUGACAGACGCUUCUACACGGAGAGGUGCAAUGGCCUCAGACCUGCAGGAAAAUCUCAGAUAACAGAUUUGCAUCCUCCACGAGCCAUUCCUGAUGGAUGUUAUGACUGUGGAGAUGGUUUCUAUAACCCCAGCACCAGAGUGGUCACAGCCUACACCGGCAGGUUUCUCAGGAGCGCAGAUGACCAGGAGCAUGAGUGGAUUGUGCGGACUUGUCGGAAGGCUUGGGAUGAGGUUUGUGGCGCUGAGCCGGAAAAAUCAGCUGCAGCCAGAUUGGACAAGGCUCCUGCAAUAUUUGUCUCCUCUCCACGCUGACUCCUGGAUGACCUUCGAGUUGGU